GAUUGUGUUAUCAAAAUUUCCAAGUUUCCGGAAGAGAAAGAUCCAGAAGCUAAAUGUCCGAUAUGCAAUGGAGUACAUAUACAUCGAGGUAUAUGGGGCGAUUGGAGCUGUCUAGAACCUCGUUCACCAACUCAUCCAAACAAAAAUCGCCUUUAUCAGUAUGCCAUCGAAUAUGGAGUAGAUCCUGAGAAAUUUUCGGUUAUUACAGAGGCUGAGAAAAAAAGGAAUGAAGAUACCAGAAAAUAUCAUAAAUUUUUAACAGAUCGGGAUAGGCUGAUUGGCGAAGAAUUAUUACAUCAUGGUAUAAUAAAAAGUGAAUUGAGUACUGCAUGA